AUGGCGACUCGAAAGUGGAAGACUUUAAUUCCCGCGCACACGAUCUUCCCACCUGUGGCCAUGGCCUACUACGACAACGACAACUCCUCCUGGUCGGCGCAAGGUCGCCAGCCGUCAUGGGAGAAUCAGCAACGUGCACCAUCUCGAUCAGCUACCAGCUCCGCCAUGUCGCAACGCUACGAGUCCAGUGCAUUCGCUUCGCAGUUCGAAGAGAUUGAGCGCGCGACGGACAAUCUGAUGAAGAGCGGCAAGUGGUAUCCCGGUCAGGCGCAAGGUGGUGCAGGAGGUAUAGGAGCCGGCGCGCGAAGAGAGGGCAGCAUACCAGCGGCAGGGCGAAAUUUCGACUUCAGUUCAGCGGACCCUCGGCUGGGCGGAGGACCGUCGCGGAACCCAUCCGUGAGCGAAUUCGAUGCGGCACGUCCGGGCUCGGCCGGUCUGCAAGGGUUCUAUGCGGGUCAGCGCUUCCCAGGUGGUCGCCAGAGCGAGGCCGAGCAAGUGCUGCAGGCGAAGCGAAGGAUGGCCGCACAACGUGAGCGCGAGCUGCGUAAUUACCACCAAGAGCAGCAGUACAAUCGCAAGACUGUCUCCAGUUCCAAGGCCAGCACGGAUCGAUCCAAUAGUCCAGCGGCCAUGAGUGAGGAGGACAGGCGCGAGUUGAUUGCGCGUCAACAUCGCGCGCUGUAUGGCGAGAACUCGAGCAUGUACAAUGCGGAUGGCACGCGCGCGCAAGGGCCGGAUGUGCGCUCUCCCAGUGACGGUCGUGGUCCGUCUCCGUUGGCUCAUGGUGCAUUUGGCAAACAGGUUCCUUCCAGCGUCGAGGGCUCCGUACAAAUGCCACCCCGCGAUCGCGCUGAGAACACCACUUCUCCGGUGUCGAAUACGCCGUCGCAACAAUUCGGCCUGAUUCAUGACAGCCAGAACAACCGCCAAUCGAGCUCGUCGCCCGGCGCAUCGCCUCCUCUCGUCCAGGGCCAGGGCCAGAAGGGCGGUGCGGGAGCUGUUGCGCCGAUUGGGACCCGACCUCCGCCAGGAGCUGGCAACCAAGGAGCCAUGAACAAGCGGGCGACCACGCCACUCACCCCAUCUUCGCUCAGCUACGGCUUCAACGCCAAUGACGGGCAGAAUGCCAAUACUGGCAAUGUUGAGCGGACGACUUCCGGACCUACGAAUCCUGGUAUGACGGCCGAGAAAAACGUCGGCGGUCUUGGAAAAUGGGGUAGCGGUAGCAGUGGCUGGGGUUCUGGCAAGAGUAAUCUGGCUGUCCAGCCUUCUGUCUGGGGAUAGAAUCGUCAAGAUCUGGAGAGGACGAAAUGACGGAGUUCGGGUCAAAGAGAUGGAGUCAAAAGGGGAACGACAAAGUCAUGUCUUUCACGUGUUAGCAGUGGAGUUUCUUCUUCUCCUUUUUGGGACUUGGGCAGCGUGGAAGGGGUCACUCAUUGCAUUUGGAAAGGUGUUUUGAUAGGAAAUGGAGUGAUGGGACUCUGCCGGGCUGGUUUUGCGCAAGAAAAGGUGUUUCGGGGAAAGGAUUUGGGCAGAUGCAUUUUCAUGGAGAGCGCAGAUCCGUUUCGAGGUCAUGCGUUUGUUGGCUGGGAUGCAUCUUCGUAAUGCUGAUGGCGUGGGUGCGAAAUGGUUGGGCCCUGAGUAUUUAUAUAGUGUUCGAGGGAACUGCAGGAUUUUCGAG